CGAGACACCCAUUAAUUGUCCAUGUCCAACUAAGUUUGUACUCUGCUGCAUGUUCUCUUCAUAUUUACUAAUUCAGCCUGCAACUGGGUCUGGUGUUUUUUGUUUCAUCAGAUCAAAGAGGUCAUCAUCGCGAUCAUGGUGAUAUGGCUUUGCUUAAAGGAAGCUUGUCUUUUGUAAAGAAAAAGGUUACAUUAUAAGAGAGUAAAGGUACUUAAAGAGGGCACUGUUUCAAACGGUCUUCGGCUUCUUGCAUUUGCUUCAACAUUCAAAUUCAAGUCCUCUUCUUAAAGAAUUUAUCAAUUAGGCCACCAAAAGUCAUAUGCAGCAAUGGAAAAUUCAUCCCAUUAUGAAAACUAUGAUCUGGGUUACCAACCUUCACCUUCUUCUAUUGAUCAAAAUGAUCAUUCAACAACAGAAACUCUGGUUUACUCAACCAUGAGUGGUGAUUCUUUCGCCCGGACUUAUUCAGAGAUCUCAACUCUUUCAGAUCCCAUUGAUGAUAACAGUUGUAGUAGUGAGCCUUCUCCUUCUAACUGGCCUCCUGCAAAAUCUGGGCAGACUGUUCUAAGCCGAUCAGGAAUGAAACAGCAAAAGACUCCAAUCGAUGGCAAGCUUGAUGAUCAAGAAGCAGGAGAAUUAGUAAUAUUGUUGACAGAGCUAGAGAUGAUGAAGGAAAGAUUUUCAAAACUUUUGCUUGGUGAAGAUAUGUCUGGAAGUGGUAAAGGUGUCUGCACUGCAGUCACAAUCUCAAAUGCCAUAACUAAUUUAUAUGCCACUGUGUUUGGGCAAAAUUUGAGGUUAGAGCCUUUAAAACCUGAAAAGAAGGCAAUGUGGAAGAGAGAAAUGGACUGUCUUCUUUCUGUGUGUGAUUACAUAGUAGAGUUCAUCCCAGAGUCCCAAAAUUUACAGGAUGGAACCCAGGUUGAGAUAAUGGCAAGCAGACCAAGGUCAGAUAUUUAUAUCAACCUUCCCGCGUUGCAAAAGCUAGAUACAAUGCUUCUAGAACUAUUGGAUAGUUUCCAAGGCAUGGAAUUUUGGUAUGCAGAACAGGGCAGCAUGUCCUCUAAUUCGACUCUUUCAGGCUCAUUUCGUAGAGUUGUCGUUCAGCGAAAAGAAGAGAAAUGGUGGCUACCAGUUCCAUGUGUUCCUCCAGGUGGUCUCUCUGAGAAGACAAGGAAACAAUUAUGCCACAAGCGCGAUUCUGCUAAUCAAAUUCACAAAGCAGCCAUGGCCAUCAAUAGUAGUAUUCUUGCUGAAAUGGACAUCCCAGAUUCAUACAUGGCAACUCUUCCAAAGAGUGGAAAAGCAUGUCUUGGAGAUUCAGUUUACCGCUAUAUGUAUUCAACAGACAAAUUCUCCCCGGACUAUCUCCUUGACUGUCUCAAUCUAUCAUCUGAGCAUGAAGCACUUGAGCUUGCAGAUCGAGUUGAAGCAUCCAUGUAUACAUGGAGGCGAAAAGCCUGUAUGAGCCAUUCAAAAUCUUCAUGGGACAUGGUCAAGGAUCUAAUGUCUGAUACAGACCGCAGUGAUAAAAAUCACAUUUUGGCCGAAAGAGCAGAGAGUUUGUUAUUUUGCUUGAAGCAGAGGUACCCUGAACUUGCACAAACAUCCUUGGAUACAUGCAAGAUUCAAUAUAAUCGGGAUGUGGGACAGGCAAUCCUGGAGAGUUAUUCAAGGGUGCUAGAGGGCUUAGCAUUCAACAUUGUCGCUUGGAUUGAGGAUGUUCUUUUUGUAGACAGAUCAGUGAGAUCUCAAGAUCACUAACAACCCAAAAAUGAGCUAAAUAUCAAAGGUGGAAUAUCUCAAUCCCGGCCAAAUUUGGUAGCUUGAUAAUUCCACACGACUAUUUUUAUAUGUAAAGAGAUGAAGUUAGCUGUCAUAUAGAAACUGUAGUAUUCUUGAAACUGGCAGUUCAAACACAUGGAUAAUUUUUUC